AUGGAGGUGGGGCAUGUGUCAAGGAGCUUCAUCCUCAAGUCCGCGUAGCAAGAGGAGGCUCUUCAUUGCAUCCAGUACACUCUCAGGAGGUGGCGACUCAUCUCCUAGUGGAUCGUCCUCUUUCUGAUGAUGGCUUGUUCGUCGAUCAAUUGGAGAUGCUUUACUCAAUGAAUUUGCGAUCCUUUUAUCAUGAAUCGCUCAACAAUUUUAGUAACAAUGCUCCGCGAAUUGUGUUGACGAGGUUUUUGUCGAUGAUCUAGCAAUUCUAGUAGCUUAAUCCUUCACCGACGUUGUGUAGAAAAGUCGCGAUAAUCAGAUAAAAAAUAUGAGUUUUGGCCCAUGGAAGAUUCGAACCUGCACUAGUUGCCCGCCCGUUCUAUGGAAGGUGUGAUGUGAGUUUAGUUCGACAUCGCUUGUGCGCCAAAGUUUCUGGUGAAUAUAUAGUAAUAUUAUAUUUGCAAUCAAGUCCCUUUCUUGCACGUGUACGACCACUCUUUGCCCCAUAGCCAGCUGGCCACCGGUGACGUGGAAGGGGAGUGGCGCACACGUGCCUCCAUCAGUUCAAGUCGCUCGAGCCCCUACUCGCAGCUCCUCCUAACUGCUCGCGAGCGAGCGAGAGCAAGGGAGCUGACGUGACUUAGUCGUUGUAUAUUAAAUCACACAAAUAUAAAAUUUAUAAAACUAGAAAAUACGAAUUUUUUGAUAUUUAGACGGAUUUCUGAACAAAUAUAUCAAUUAUAAUUCAAUAAAACUUUUCAAAAAUAGCAGUAAUUUUCCAGGUCGAUCACAGGGAUGUAAUAUAAUAUCUAGUAAUUAUUCAGAAUUUUUCUCAAAGAAUACUAUUUUCUAUGAAUUUUAUACUAAGAAAUGAAAAGGAAAUAUAUUUAAAAUUCACGAAAAAAGGAAAUAAGGGUGCGGGUGUCAAGAUGACGUCAGCGCCCAGCGAACGCGAAUCGGGCGGAAACAUAGUUACGUCCGGCGAUUCUUACGUAAGCGAUUACACAUAAUUUAAUUGAUCAAAUUAAGAUCUAUAAAAGACGGAAGAAUCGUAAUGAAAUGAAGUAUAUGUUGGUAAAUUUAAAAUCAACAAAUUAUCACUAAAUGAAAUGAAAAUUAAGUUGAAAGCAGGAAAAUAGAGUUUCAGUGUCGUGACGGCGAUGAGUCGGCGAUGCAUCGGAAUCUUGAGCGUUCGGGAGGAUCGUCGUGCAGUGUCCACGGCCUCAAAGGCUCUCCUUGGACAAAGAUGACAUGGGCAAUCUCUAGAUCUUCUCGCAAAGUCUAGAGAUUAAUGAAAUGGGUCGUCGAGUCAUCUCUGGCGGCUGUCACCCGGCGGAGCGGAAAAACAGCGACUUUCCGGCUCUCUGGCAGUUGUCACCUAAUGGAGAGGAGCUGGAUGGAGGUGGGGCACGUGUCAGGGAGCUUCAUCCUCAAGUCCACGCAACAAGAGGAGGCUCUUCAUCGCAUCUAGUAUGCUCUCAGGAGGUGGCGACUCGUCUCCCAACGGAUUGUCCUCUUCCUUACAACAGCUUGUUCGUCGAUCAAUCGGAGAUGAUUUACUUGAUAGAUUUGUGAUCCUUUUAUCACGAAUCAUUCAGCAAUUUUAGUAGCAAUGCUCCGCGAAUGACGUUGACGAGAUUUUCGCCGAUGAUCCAGCGAUUCUGGUUGCUUAAUCUUUCACCGGCGAUCUGCAGGAAAGUCACGAUAAUCAGAUAAAAAUAUAUGAAUUUUGACUCUGGGAGGAUUCGAACCCGUGCCGAUUGUCCGCCCCCCCUUCUGAGGAAGGUGUGACGCGGGUUUAGUCCCACAUCGGUUGUGCGCCGAUUUUUCAGGCGAAUAUAUAGUAAUGUUAGCUUUUUAGGCAAAGUCCCUUCUCUCGCGUGUACGACCACUCUUUGCUUCACAGCCGGCUGGCCACCGGUGACGUGGAAGGGGAGUGGCGCACACGUGCCCCUAUCGGUCCAAGCUUAAGCCGCUCGAGCCCCUGCUCGCGGCUACUCCCGACUGCGCUUCCGACCCGCUUGCGGGCCCGGCUGGCCGGCGGGUCCCCCCAUUUUGCAAUAUUUUUAUUUCUUUUUCCUCAUUUAUCUCAAAAGUAAGACUGUAAAAAUCAGAUAAAUUUGUAUAAAAUCACAUAAUUACCCAAAAAAUCACAUUAAUCAACUGAAAACCACUUUUCACACUUUAACAUAAUUAUAAGUCUAUUUAUCACGAGUUAAGGCUAAAACUAUAUUAUUUACUAAUUAUUAACUCAUGAUAAUGAAGACUUAUCACACCCCCCAACUUAAAUCAUUGCUAGUCCCUUAGCAAUGGAAUUACGAAAAUAAAAAUUUACAAAUCUCAAACAUCAUAUUUCAAUACAGAAAGAAAAAAAUACAAUUAGAAAUGAUGCACCUUUAGACACUUUGGAUUCUUAUAUCAAGUAUUUAAGAAUGAUGUCAAGCACUUAAAUGUUUAAACACUCCUUGGAAUAACAAUCUAGACUUCACUUCUUCUAUUCACAUCUUUAUCACUUCUUCACUCAUAGAUGUAUUUACAAGAUGUUCCAAUUAUCAAUACUCAUCUAAGAAUAAUAUUGAUCCUACAUUUCCCUUUUUCUAUGGCUUGAUUUUUGAAGUUUGCACUAUAUUUCUUCUUUCUUUAUAUAUAGUGGAUAAGUAGCUUUUCCUAUAGAUAAAUUUCGACAAUAAGAAUGAUGUCUCACACCCUCCAUGUAUACUCUUCAUUUUCAGGGCUUUCACUUUAUCCACUCAUUUUUCAGCAAGUGUUUUUCUAUGCACAAUUUUUGACAAUGAGAAUGAUGUCUCACACCCUCCAUGUGUACUCUUCGUUUCUAGAUUUUUCACAUUGCUCUCUUUUUUUUCUUUUUUUUUUUUUUUCGAAAUAAGUGAUUUCUCCUCACAAGUCUUAUAGAUCAGGGUGCAAAAAUCUCCAUUAAACUCAAAUGAUCAAUCAAAUUUUCACAUCAAGUAAAUAUUAUCCAUCAAGAUCAUGAAGUGAAAAUCUGUAAAAUCAAAUCCAUGUUAUCUAUCAUGUAUCCAAGGAGUAUUCCAACAUUUCAUGCUACUAGAUCAUUCUUUUGACUCAAUAAUAAUCUUCCUAGUAUCUUUUGGUAUCAAUCAAUCUAAUUGAUUUAAUUUUUCAUGCAUGCAAUAUGAUGUAAGAAAUUUAUAAAUUAGAUAGUUCUGACAGUUCUGUUUUCUGUUUUCAGUUCUAUUUUUAGCAGCAAUAAAUUUGUCAAAAAUAAAUCAAAACUAUCUUCUUUAUAGCUGUAAUUUCGAAUUUCAGUAAUAUAUGUCUAGGGGAUUGAAAUGUGAGAAAAGGGUCUCUAUAAUUUCAAAUUUCGGGUUGUUUUUUUCGUCUGCUGUUUUUGACAGUCUGUUGUUACUGACAGAAAACCAGAAAAUAGAUGUUGCAAUUUUUCCGAAUUCGGCGAUCUUUUUUUAUUUUUUUAGUUGCUGUUCUAAGUUGAAUAAAAUGCAAACACAUGUUCUUAAUCGUCCUACAGCAUAAAUUAAUAAUGAAUACUUCCCCCCCCAACUUAAAAAUGACAUUGUCCUCAAUGACACAGAAAAAUCGAAACAGAAUAUGCAGAAAAUAUAAUUUUCAAAUGAAGCAUGCAUAUAUGCAAAGUUUAGCAUUAAAAAUGUUGUCAUAAAUGAUAAAGCUCCGAAAGACAUCACCUCAACCUCGUUUUUAAUUUUCCACUUCAUCUUACACUCCUCCUCCUGCAGUUUUUCGAAAAAACAAAUACAGAAACAAGUACUGCAAAAAUCUAAGAAAAACAGAGCUUAAAAAAAAAUUAAAAACAUCAAACAGAAUGAAAUAAAAACCAUGGGUUGCCUCCCAUGCAGCGCUGAAUUUAAUGUCUCCAGCUGGACUCCUUGAUCUUACUCUUGAAUUUCUUUUAAUAAUAAAAUUUCUUUUUCUGCAAGGCGUUCAUGUUCUAUGUAAUGUUUAAGCCGCUGUCCAUUUACCUUAAAGUUGUGAUCACUUUUAGGAUCUUUAAUCAUUACAGCCCCAUGAUCAUAUGUCUCUUCCACCACAUAAGGCCCUUUCCAUUUUGAUUUUAAUUUUCCUAGGAAUAAUUUCAGCCUAGAAUCAUAUAACCACACUUUUUGUCCAACAUCAAUUUUUUUUCUGCUAAUAUAUUUAUCAUGAAAAGUUUUAGUUUUUUCUUUAUAUAUUCUAUGAUUUUCAUAAGCUUCAUUCCUCAACUCCUCUAGUUCAUGUAGCUGAAAAAUUCUAUGCCCACCAGCUGAUUUUUCAUCCAUACAUAAAUUUUUUAUAGCCCAUAAUGCUUUAUGCUCUAUUUCCACAGGAAGAUGACAUGGCUUUCCAAAAAUGAAACGAAAUGGGGACAUACCUAUGGGAUUUUUAUAAGCUGUUCUAUAAGCCCAUAAUGCAUCUUGUAAUUUUGUGGGCCAAUCUUUCCUAUCUGGUCUAACUAUUUUUCUCAAAAUUCUCUGAAUUUCCCUAUUUGCUACUUCAGCUUGCCCAUUUGUUUGGGGAUGAUAUGGAGUGGCUACUCUAUGGUGUACUCCAUUCUUUUUCAACAGUUCUCUGAAAUUUUUAUUUGUAAAAUGUGUUCCUCCAUCACUAAUAAUCACUCUAGGACAUCCAAAUCUCGAAAAAAUAUUUUCCUGCACAAAUUUCAUCACGAUUUUAUGAUCAUUAGUUCUAGUAGGAAUAGCUUCCACCCACUUCGACACAUAAUCAAUAGCAAGCAAAAUAUAUUCAUAUUUUUCAGCUGAUGGGAAGGGACCCAUGAAAUCUAUUCCCCAUACAUCAAAAAUUUCGACUACUAACAUGUUACUCAUGGGCAUUUCAUCUUUUUUACUCAUGUUACCUAUAGAUUGGCAUGAAAUACAUGUUCUACUAAAUUCUAUAGAAUCUCUAAUGAUUGUAGGCCAAUAAAAACCACACUGAAAAUUUUUUGCAGCUGUUUUUCGUCCAGAGAAGUCUCCUCCACAAUUAGAUGAAUGGCACAUGUUAAUAAUGCUAUGGUAUUCUUCUUCAGGAACACAUCUCCUUAAAAUUUGAUCAUUGCCCAAGUAAUAUAAAUCAGGAUCAUGCCAAAAAUAAUUUCUAAUCUUAGACAAGAAAUGAUGUUUUCUGUUCUUAUCCCACUGUUCUGGAGUUUUUCCAGAAACCAGAAAAUUUACAAUAUGUGCAUACCAUGGUGAUGGUUGAUGUUGAGCUGCCAUCAAUUGUUCAUCUGGAAAUGCAUCUUGUAAAGGUGCUGCAUUUAUUCCUGUGUCACUUAAUCUAGAAAGAUGGUCAGCAAUAGCAUUCUCGAAACCUUUUUUAUCUUUUAUUUCUAAGUCAAAUUCCUGCAACAAUAAAAUCCAUCUUAAUAAACGUGGCUUUGCAUCUUUCUUAUUUAACAGAUAUUUUAAUGCUGCAUGAUCAGUAUAAAUAAUAAUUUUAGCUCCCAAAAUAUAUGAUCUAAACCUUUCUAACGAAAAUACUACAACUAACAACUCUUUUUCAUUCGUGGUAUAAUUUAAUUGAGCAUCAGAUAUAGUUUUACUAGCAUAUGAAAUUACUAUGGGUUUUGACUCUUUUGUUUGUCCUAGAACGGCCCCCAUUGCAUAAUUGGAUGCAUCACACAUUAUUUCAAAGGGAAGGGACCAAUCAGGAACUUGUAAAAUGGGUGCCUCAGUAAGUAAUCUUUUUAUUUCGAAAAAAGACUCAAAACAUUUCUCAUCAAAAUUAAAAGGCACAUCUUUAGAUAAUAGCAUGGUGAGAGGUUUUGAAAUCUUCGAAAAAUCUUGAAUAAAUUUUCUAUAAUAACCUGCAUGACCCAAGAAAGAUCUAAUCUGUUUUACUGAAUUUGGAGGUUUCAUUUUAGAUAUAAUAUCAAUUUUUGCUCUAUCCACCUCUAAACCCCUUUCACUCACAAUAUGACCCAACACAACUCCCUCUUUAACCAUAAAAUGUGAUUUCUCCCAACUCAAAACUAAUUUUUUCUCUAUGCAUUUCUCAAGUACAUGCUGUAAAUGAUUUAAGCAUUCAUCAAAUGAUUCACGAAAAACAGAAAAAUCGUCCAUAAAAAUUUCCAUGCAUUUUCCAAUCAUAUCAGAAAAAAUAGACAGCAUACAUCUUUGAAAUGUGGCUGGAGCAUCACACAGACCAAAAGGCAUGCGUUUAAAAGCAAAAGUACGAAAUGGACAAGUGAAAGUUGUUUUUUCUUGAUCUAAAGGGUUUAUAUAAAUUUGAUUAUAACCAGAGUAUCCAUCGAGAAAACAAAAAAAGUUUUUUCCAGCUAAUUUUUCUAGAAUUUGAUCAGUAAAUGGUAGGGGAAAAUGAUCUUUUCUAGUAACUGAAUUUAAUUUUCUAUAAUCAAUGCAAACCCUCCAACCGGUAGUUAAUCUUGUUUGUAUUUCAUCCCCAUUUUCGUUUUUUAUAACCGUGAUCCCUGAUUGUUUUGGCACUACUUGUGUAGGACUAACCCAUUUGCUAUCUGAAAUAGGAUAAAUAAUAUCAGCAGCCAGCCACUUUAAAAUUUCUUUUUUUACAAUUUCCAUCAUGUUAGGAUUUAAUCUUCGUUGUGGUUCCCUGCUAGUUCUGGCCCCCUCCUCUAGAUAUAUACUAUGCAUGCAUACACUCAUAUCAAUGCCCCUUGGAUCGUCCAUUUUCCAGCCCAUAGCCUUCUUAUUUUUUCGAAGUACAUCUAAUAAUUCUUCUUUUUGUUCAUCACUCAAAUCAGCUGCGAUAAUUACAGGAAAUGAAUUAUUUUCCUCCAAAAAUAUAUAUUUUAAACUAGAGGGAAGAGGUUUCAACUGUAAAUUUCAGAUGAUCUUCCUCUUUCUUUUUUCCCAAAUUUAUAUUCUCUAUUUCCUCUAAUUCUUCCAGCACACAGUCAUCAAUAACAUCUGGAUCAUCAAAAUCAUCUAGAAGAUCUAUGGUAUGACAAUCAUAUACUUGUGAUUUCUUAAGAUCAUUUGGUACCUCAAAAAUUUUAAUUUCUACUGAUUGAUCUCCACAUGAAAUUUUUGCAAUACCUGUGGGAAAAUCAAUAUUCAUCUUUGCUGUAUGCAAAAAUGGUCUCCCUAGGAUGAUUGGUGUAUCAUAAAACUGUCCAUUAAAAUCCAUUUCCAGCACUACAAAAUCAGCUGGAAAUUUACACCCUUUAACUGUCACUAUCACAUUUUCUAAAAUACCUUUAGGAUGUUUUAUGGAUCUAUCAGCAAAUUGUAAGGUAACAGUAGAAGGUUUAAGAUCAGAAAUAUUAAAUUUAUCGCAAAUACUUGCAGGUAAUAAAUUAAUACUAGCACCGGUGUCAAGUAAUGCAUUCUGAAAAAUGAAUCCACCAAUAUCACACGAAAUUAAAGGGGCACCUGUAUCUCUCAAUUUAUAUGGUAAUUGAUUUAAUAAUAAUGCACUAGCAUGCAUAGAUAAUUUUUCUACUCUAGGUGCCCUUUUUGGUGUACACAUUUCUUUCAAAACUCUAGCAUAUUCAGGAAUAUGUUCAAUGGCAGUGAGUAAAGGAAGACUAAUUUGCACAUCUUGUAAAAUUUUCUUUAUUUCUUCAUUGUGUUCCUUUUUCUUUCUUUGUCUAGGCUCUAGAGCUUUAGGAAAUGGAAUGGUUGUCCUCUCUUUCGAAAUUUCCUUGGUAGAAUCUAUAAAAUCCUCUUCUACUCCUAUUUGAUUUUGUUUUGGGUUGUCCACGUUUUCUUUUUCUUCUAAUGUUUGGGGAUAAGGAUCAGGUAAGAUCUUACCACUCCUUAAUGCAUUCACUGUCCUAACAUUUUCAUUUCGUGGGUUUUUUCCUAGAUUCAUACUACUAGACUCCCCUUGCUGAAAUCCUAUUGUUGCGCGGUUCCCUGGAUUUUCUAUGGGCUGACUAGGUAGCUGUCCCUCUUCUCUCUUAUUCCCAAGGGCCUCUAUAAUUUGUUUCUGGUGCUGCAUCAUUUGAUUCAUAGUUUGUUGCAUCAUUUGGCUCAUUUGCUGCAUCAUUUCCAUAGUAUCGGGUUGGGUUUGAGAGGACUGAUUUUUUUGAAAUCUGUUUUCUUGUUUUGGACGAAAUUCCGAGUUUGAAUUGGGUUUAAGUGCUUCUGGAUUUUGAAUAUUAUUUGGGUCUCUCCAUGAAAAAUUAUUCCUCCAAUUAGGAUUAUAAGAAUUUGAAAAAGGUUCCCUGUUUCUAUUAAAACCGUGAGCUACUUGCACUUGUUCUUGCAUAGGGUGAAAUGAUUGAUCUAAAUUAUAACAUUGAAAUUCAGAAUAAUCAUUUUCACCAUAUAUAGGACAUGUACUAUUCGAAUUAAGUUGAGGGUUAAAAGGCUUUCUAAUAUUGUCAAUAAGUAAAUCAAUUUUUUCUAAUUUUUGAUUAAUCUGAUUAACCUCAUUUCUAAGUUUAGAAUCAUCAUCAUGAUGCAAUUCAUAAAUUCCUCUCUUCUUAUCCCUGUCAUAUAAUUCAAAAGAGGCUUGAUCUCUCAAAUUUUCACUUAAAUUCUCAUAAAGAUUGUAAAUCUCAUCAGGAGUUUUCUCCAUAAAAGCUCCUCCACAUAUAGAAUCAACCAUAUUUCUAUGUUGUUCUAAUAAUCCAUCAUAAAAAAUUCUAUUGAGCUACCACUUGGGUAUAGCAUGAUGAGGACACUUUCUAAGUAAAUCUUUAAAUUUUUCCCAUGUCUCAUGCAAAGUUUCUCCUGGUCUUUGAGAAAAACUCCAUAUAUGUUUUCUCAUAUUUUGAGUUUUUCCUAAGGGAUAAAAUUUUCGAAGAAAGACCUGUUCUAUAUCUUUCUAGCUAGUUAAUUCUCUAUCUAAUGUGGAUAGCCAAUGACUAGCUUUGUCCCUAAGUGUAUGAGGGAAUAAUUUCAUCUUAAUAAUUUCCGGUGUAACUUGAGGGAGAUUAACUAAAUCACAGACCAUAUGAAAUUUUUCUAAGUGCUGAUGAGGUUCCUUUAAAGGCAAUCCAUGAAAAUUAGGGAGCAUUUGAAAAAUUCCUGCAUUUAUUUCGAAUUUAACAGUGGGUGCUAAUGGGACUCUAAUAUUAGAUGCUCUUUGAAAUGAAUCAGGGAUAUAAUGAUUUUUCAUGGCCAGAAGAUUGUUCUCAGUUUGACCUGUACUUCCUUCAGGAUCCAUCAAAAUUAAUUUUUCUUUCGGAUUUUUAUUUUUGAAAGGAUUUUCUAGCCUUGGAUGCAAAGAUCUUCUACCAUGCAUAAAAAUCAAUCAAUUCGAGGGAAAAAGUUAGUAACUGUUACCCUCCUUUAGGAUGCUCCAGUCCUUGCCGUGCUUCUUUUCGUUCCCUUUUUCUAAUAAAAAUUGGCAAAAAGAAAAUAAAACAAGAGUUAAGUUUUUUUUUGUGUACUCUAAGAGAAAAAUAGAAAAAUACUAAAUAUUAUGCAAUACAUCCCCAGCAACGGCGCCAAAAUUUGACGUGACUCAGUCGUUGUAUAUUAAAUCACGCAAAUAUAAAAUUUAUAAAACUAGAAAAUACGAAUUUUCAGAUAUUUAGAAGUAUUUCUAAAUAAAUAUAUCAAUUAUAAUUCAAUAAAAAUUUCAAAAAUAGCGGUAAUUUUCCAGGUCGAUCACAGGGAUGUAAUAUAAUAUCUAGUAAUUAUUCAGAAUUUUUCUCAAUGAAUACGAUUUUCUAUGAAUUUUAUACUAGGGAAAAAAAAGGAAAUAUAUUUAAAAUUCACGAAAAAGGGAAAUAAGGGUGCGGGCGUCAGGAUGACGUCAACACCUGGCGAACGCGAAUCGGGCGGAAACAGAGUUCCGCCUGGCGAUUCUUACGUAAGCGAUUUCAGAUGAUUUAAUUAAUCAAAUUAAGAUCUGUAAAAGCUGGAAGAAUCGUAAUAGAACAAAGUAUAUUUUGGUAAAUUAAAAUCAGAAAAACUAUCACUAAAUGAAGCGUAAAGUAAGUUGAAAGCAGGAAAACAGAGUUCUGGCGUCGCGACGGCGAUGCGUCGGCGAUGCACCGGAAUCCUGAGCGUUCGGGAGGAUCGUCGUGCAGUGUCCACGGCCUCGAAGGCUCUCCUUGGACAAAGACGACGUGGGCAAUAUCUAGAUCUUCUCGCGAAGUCUAGAGAUCAAUGAAGUGGGUCGUCGAAUCGUCUCCGGCGGCUGUCACCCGGCGGAGCGGAAAAACGACGACUUUGCGGCUCUCCGGUGGCUCUCACCCGACGGAGAGGAGCUGGAUGGAGGUGGGGCGCGUGUCAGGGAGCUUCAUCCUCAGGUCCGCGCAGCAAGAGGAGGCUCUUCAUCGCAUCUAGUAUGCUCUCAGGAGGUGGCGACUCGUCUCCCAACGGAUUGUCCUCUUCCCGACGACGGCUUGUUCGUCGAUCAAUCGGAGAUGA